CGCAGCCCCGCGCAGCCCCGAGCCGGGCCCGGCUGAGCAGCGGAGCCCGCAGCCCCCAGCGGCUGCGCCCAGCUCCAUGAAUGGAAAUCGGCAGCGCAGGACCCGUCGGGGCCCAGCCCCUCCUCAUGGUGCCCAGACGUCCCGGCUAUGGCACCAUGGGCAAACCCAUUAAACUGCUGGCCAACUGCUUCCAAGUUGAAAUCCCAAAGAUUGAUGUCUACCUCUAUGAGGUGGAUAUCAAACCAGAUAAGUGUCCUCGGAGGGUGAACAGGGAGGUGGUGGACUCAAUGGUGCAGCAUUUUAAAGUGACAAUAUUUGGGGACCGUAGACCAGUGUAUGAUGGGAAAAGAAGCCUCUAUACAGCCAAUCCACUGCCUGUGGCCACAACUGGGGUGGAUUUGGAUGUGACAUUGCCAGGGGAAGGCGGAAAAGAUCGUCCCUUCAAAGUGUCAAUAAAGUUUGUUUCUCGGGUGAGCUGGCACUUGCUGCAUGAAGUUUUGACAGGAAGAACCUUGCCUGAGCCUCUGGAACUAGACAAACCUAUCAGCACUAACCCUGUUCAUGCUGUCGAUGUGGUGCUACGACACCUACCCUCCAUGAAGUAUACCCCUGUGGGCCGCUCCUUUUUCUCAGCUCCAGAAGGCUAUGAUCACCCCUUGGGUGGCGGUAGGGAGGUCUGGUUUGGAUUCCAUCAGUCUGUUCGGCCUGCCAUGUGGAAGAUGAUGCUCAAUAUUGAUGUUUCUGCCACUGCCUUCUACAAAGCACAACCUGUAAUUCAGUUUAUGUGUGAAGUUCUUGACAUUCAUAAUAUUGAUGAACAGCCAAGACCUCUGACUGAUUCUCAUCGGGUAAAAUUCACCAAAGAGAUAAAGGGUCUCAAGGUAGAAGUGACUCACUGUGGAACGAUGAGAAGGAAAUACCGCGUUUGUAAUGUAACAAGAAGGCCUGCAAGUCACCAAACCUUUCCUUUACAGUUAGAAAACGGCCAGACAGUGGAGAGAACAGUAGCACAGUAUUUCAGAGAGAAAUACAACCUCCAGCUGAAAUACCCUCAUCUUCCCUGCCUACAAGUGGGACAAGAACAGAAACACACCUACCUGCCUUUAGAAGUAUGUAAUAUUGUAGCUGGCCAGCGGUGUAUCAAGAAGCUGACAGACAAUCAAACAUCGACCAUGAUAAAGGCCACAGCGAGAUCUGCUCCAGAUAGGCAGGAGGAAAUAAGCAGAUUGGUGAGAAGUGCAAAUUAUGAUGCAGAUCCGUUUGUUCAAGAGUUCCAGUUCAAAGUCCGGGAUGAGAUGGCCCACGUGACGGGGCGCGUGCUCCCCGCUCCGAUGCUGCAGUAUGGAGGACGGAAUCGAACAGUGGCAACCCCAAGCCAUGGAGUAUGGGACAUGAGAGGGAAGCAGUUUCACACUGGUGUUGAGAUCAAAAUGUGGGCCAUAGCUUGCUUUGCAACACAGAGGCAAUGCAGAGAAGAAAUAUUGAAGGGUUUCACAGACCAGCUGCGCAAGAUCUCCAAGGACGCAGGGAUGCCCAUCCAAGGCCAGCCCUGCUUCUGCAAAUACGCCCAGGGUGCAGACAGUGUGGAGCCCAUGUUUCGACACCUCAAGAACACCUAUUCAGGGCUGCAGCUCAUCAUUGUCAUCCUGCCAGGGAAAACACCAGUGUAUGCGGAGGUGAAACGUGUGGGAGAUACACUCUUGGGAAUGGCCACGCAGUGCGUUCAAGUCAAGAACGUCAUUAAAACAUCUCCACAGACCCUAUCAAAUCUGUGCCUGAAGAUUAAUGUUAAACUUGGAGGAAUCAACAACAUCCUUGUACCUCAUCAACGACCCUCUGUGUUCCAGCAGCCAGUGAUCUUUUUGGGAGCUGAUGUCACUCACCCUCCUGCUGGAGAUGGGAAGAAGCCUUCUAUAGCUGCUGUUGUAGGUAGUAUGGAUGCUCAUCCAAGCCGGUACUGUGCCACAGUGAGAGUUCAGCGACCCCGGCAGGAGAUCAUCCAAGACCUAGCCUCCAUGGUGAGAGAGCUCCUCAUCCAGUUCUACAAGUCAACACGGUUCAAGCCCACACGUAUCAUCUUCUAUAGGGACGGGGUCUCUGAAGGACAGUUUCGCCAGGUUUUGUAUUAUGAACUGCUAGCCAUUAGAGAAGCCUGCAUCAGUUUGGAGAAGGAUUACCAGCCUGGAAUAACCUAUAUUGUGGUGCAGAAGCGACAUCAUACACGGUUGUUCUGUGCUGACAGAACAGAAAGGGUUGGACGAAGUGGCAAUAUUCCAGCUGGAACAACUGUAGAUACAGACAUUACACAUCCGUAUGAGUUUGAUUUUUACCUCUGUAGCCAUGCUGGAAUACAGGGUACCAGCCGUCCCUCACACUAUCAUGUUUUGUGGGAUGAUAACUGUUUUACUGCGGAUGAACUCCAGCUGCUGACUUACCAGCUCUGCCACACGUAUGUGCGCUGUACACGAUCAGUUUCUAUACCUGCACCAGCGUAUUAUGCUCACCUGGUAGCAUUCAGAGCACGAUACCAUCUCGUGGACAAAGAACAUGACAGUGCUGAAGGAAGCCAUGUUUCAGGACAAAGCAAUGGGAGAGACCCGCAGGCCCUCGCGAAGGCUGUACAAAUUCACCAAGACACCUUACGCACGAUGUACUUCGCUUAAAUCAAUAGACGGGGAGCAUACUCACUGAAAGGAAGAACUGAACAAUUAAGCCACAUACAAUGUAUGUUUCCAGUGGGGUUGGUUUAGGGGGUGUGCCUCCGAUCGUGCUGAAGUUGAUGCUGUGCAGGGGUGAGAGGCUAAACCCUUAAAUUGACGCAAGGAGGAUUGUUUACUUCAUUGAGGAACACAGCACUAUUAUGCAAUAUGAAACCAGCCAACUGCUUUCUUGGUGCGGGCUCCUGUAGGCAGCACCACCAUCAUGUUUUAGUUUCGUUUCUUUUUUGACUCUCGUAGUUUAACCCUCUUUAAAAUGCCUUUACCUCAAGUUGCUCGGCAGCACAACUGCAAAAAACACAAAGAAUAAUGAGAAAAUUGAUGGUGUACUUUAAAAGAGCAAAGCACCUCUCGAGGAACAGUCCCAAGGAUUGUUUGGGAAGUGUGCAAAAAAAACUCCCCGAAACAACGAGUUUUGUACCCCCACUGCAUUGAAGAAUCUUUCAGUAUUGCCAUUAAGCAUUCAGAUGUCAACAUAUCCAAGUACAUUUGAAUGCACAUCACUAAUUAGAAACGGCUGAUUGGGGGGAAGAUGUUUUGCACACUGACCCAGCAAUUCGAGCCUAGUUUAGCCAACUGCUGCCUCUGUGUCUUUCUUCACAGCUUUGGAGUUCUUGGCUCCAAUAGUUCCCUUUCUAAAAGCAAACAAAGAAGCUAGUGGUAUUAUGUGCAGGCAGUAGUGAUCCAAACUCGUCUUGCUCCCUGGUGAAUUUACUAAAGCUGCUGUUUUACCUAGUCCAAAAGUUUCAAUUCUUUUCUAUCUGGCAAGUCAAAUAUAGUGAAGCUUCACGUGAGAUCCAGUGUCCCACGUUUUCUGGGAUGACACCUACUAAACACCAGAACUGAAACUUUAGAGCUGAGGUCUUUCUGGGAAAAAAAAAGAAAUGCUAGUUUACUUGCUGCCUCUCACACCUUAAUGUGAUUUCAUAAUGUAUGUGUUUUUGAAGUUUAGCUUCCUUUUGUUUCUUUUAUAUUUAUUAGAGUAAUAAUAAUGCUUUAAUUUAAUGAUGACAGAACAUAUGGUCAACAUCAACUUUUAUUUUUUAGAAAUGUAACCAUGUUUAUUUUGAAAAGCAACUGACAACUCGUUUUGCUAUCUUUUAGUGCAAUAAGCGUUCUAAAGGAAAACUGUGUCCAUUGAGCUGUGCUGAAGCAGUGUUUGUACCACUAACUGUGGAAGAAUGGACACCUCCAUGAUUUUAAAAGGACAAAGUAAAAGCCUUAAUUUUGAAAGGAAAGUUUUAUAGUCAGAAGGAAUCUUGAAUUUUCCUUUUUUAAAUCAAAAACAAUAGCAAAAAUGCUUCUAGAACUCUGCAAGCUUUACUUGUCACUGCAGGAUUUUGAUUUAACAAAGGAACGGGCCUUAUUUUUGGCUUUGAAAUGUGGAAGAUAUUUGAAUUAAAUGGAAAGAGUUUUUUAUUAAGCUCUAAGUUUAUACAUGUGUAGCUAAAUCUAUUUGACAUCACUGAAAUGUCUGGAAUUAAUAGAAGUUUUUAGGCUUUUUUCCUCUUUGAUAAUGACUUUCCUUUUAAAAUUAAGUUAUUGGUAACUUCAUUUCACUUUGCAAAUAAAGAGGGCUGGGAUAGUUCUAACAUGUUAAAUCACUGAAAUGUGAAACAAAUUAAUGGGACUCUUUCAUUCCACUUUAAAGGUAAAACAAUAUUUAAGAUGUCAGAGACAAGCAUUUAUUCAACGAGGGGACUGGGGAGUUUUGCACUUUGUAAACUCGUGAACUGCAUUUUUGACUGUUUUUAUUUGCACUGGUUCAUAGUAUAUAUACUGCAGAUCCUUUGUAUGGGCAUUGCUGUUAUCCCAGCCCUUCUGAACUCCACCUGCUCUCCACAUGAAAACCAGUGGGUUGGUUUAAGUAGCUCCUCUCCUUUCAUUCUCAUGAAAUCCGCUGUUUGCCAAUAUACUGUAUUUUGAGCCUAAAAUCUGAGCCCAGUUUGCUUCAACAGGCAUGAAUCUCCCCUUUUUUUUUCUGCCAGAAAACACAAGUACUGUAUUUUGUGCAUUUGCAUAUUGUAUUGAAGUGUACGUAGCGCUGUUCACACCACUGUCUCAAAGAGCUUUACCAAACCGCUAGUGUAUAUACAUAUUUUAUCGCCCACUAUCAAGGAGGAUCAUGUAAAAAAAGACUAACUUUGCAACGUUCAAUUGCACUGGAAUAGCUGUGACAGUGGGCAGCUGGCUCGGGGAGCCUCAGAGAGAAGGCAGGACAGGAUCAAGGGAGGCUCAGCAGGCCAGGAUGUGUCCGGGGAUCCCUGGGGCCUGGGGAGCCGUGUGCCUUCAUCGGCUGCUCCCACAGACCCCCAGCCAUGCUCCUUGACCUCUUAAUGCACUUGCCUUUCAGCCCCUUCAGCUAAACCUGCUGCAGGAAAGAACUAGAGCAGGAUGCUUUCUGAGGCAGUCUCUCCGACGUUUUCCCUCCUCUGUGACCUGACAGUUCUCUCACAGAAGCACUCGAGCUUGUGGUUCCGUUUGGAAAAGGGUCAGCUUAGGCUUUUUACAGACAAUUGUUUUGAAAUAGAUAAUUUUUUUAACAAAACCCAAUAUUUUACAGAGACUUCUUGUGCAUUUCUGGCAUCCGGAUGAAAAUUCCUUUCUAAAACAGUCUGUUAAAGCUCCUUUCAGAGACACCAUCUGCUUCUCAUCCUGCCCACACUCAGUGACUACGAUUUGAGAAGCUUUUUUGGCUUGCUACUUUCACCCAGACCUAAACUAAGGAGACUUCAGUGGGAACAGGACUUCAGUGGCUUGUCGAGCUAGCGUUUCACCUGGUUUUCAUGUGAAGAGUAUUUGGAAGUUUUAAUCUCUACUCUUGGUUUUGCAAAUAUCUACGUCAAGUGCCGAUACUUAUUUGUAUUACAAUAUCAAGUUACUGACGUUGUGAGGGCCACACAUUUAUGAUGCUGUAGCUGCUAUAUUUAUUUAAAUGGAGAUGGACAAUUACUGCACUAAGGAAUGAGGAGAAUAAGCAAGGAAUCAAGGUUAGUUAGAGAUCUUGGUUUGUUUUUUCAGAAGAAAAUUAAUGGUGUGAAAUAUCAAGUGUAACAAAGGGUGCUGUCAUUUUAACUGAGAUUAAAUAGCCAGAUAUUCUUCCUUUGUUUAAGAACAUAUAUAUUUUGAUGUUUGCAGUUGGGGGGGGGGUGGGAUAAAUGGUACCUCAUCUGUGGUGGCAGUUUCCAGUAUAUUUUCAGAGUAUAUGGAUUUCUUUUAUUUUUGUACCUGCUCUCCUUUAAAAAAAAAAUAGAAAAAAAAAUUAAUCUCAAAAGCUUAUGUGCUGUUUGGGGAAAUCUUGAGUGAGAUUCCCAGAUCCCCCCUCUGCCUGGGAGCUGUCUGUGUAUGGUCCAAAGAGGGAUGUGGGUGAUGGCUGACAGCUCUCUACUUCCUUUGCAGACAGCCCGGCCUCGGGUUUAUGCCAAUCUAGACAGACGGUUCCUGUCUCCUAGGCUGCUGUACCAGUUACUGCAGGAGACCUCACUUGUACCUAACAAGUGCCACUAAUUGCUCCUGUGGUGGGAGCACGCACAAGGGCCCAGCCCUGGGCUGGGCAAGGGGAGCCUUUGGGCAUCAGCCACACGAACCUGCUGCACUGGUACCGUGCCAGCAGCCGGAACCGCUCCUGGGGCCGGUGCAGGGCUCUGUGACCUAGCAGAAAGCCAGCCAAAACCUGUGCUCUGGCGACUAGUAGAUCCAGCUUUGGAGAGGAAAGUAGAGUGUUGUGUGGUUGAGGCGUUCAGCUUGCAACAUCUGCUGUCAGAACGAUGAACUCCACUCGAAGUAGCUUCUUUUUCCUUUGUAGGGCAAUUCAGCUGUGGCCAUUUGACUCAGGAUCGCUGUGUUAGUGUUCAGUGUGGAAUCUGGUUAAACGUGUCCAGCAGUUGUUUUAUAGCCUUCAUUCUGGCAUCUUUUUGGAAGUUUGUUGGCCACAGAAAUGGUUUUCGGGAGUAAAAUGGGUUUCUGGAAGCUGUCAGUCAAACUGUUUCAAGAUGCUAUUGGUCCUAAAGUAGUUUCACUUCUCCAUGUAUGAAUUUUUGUCCUAUAAAAUGCUCAAUGUAAGAUACUGGAUAGUCAACUUCUGUACGAAUUCCAGCUACGAAUACUGAUUUUCUACUAGGCUUGAAAUCCACUGUGGAGAAAUUCCAAGCUCAGCCUAUGUUUAAAAAAGCUUGAGGCCUUUUUUUUAUAUAUAUAUAUGUACUUUCUUCAUAUCUUGUCUUCUUUCAGUUUUAUCCCUUUUGUGAACUGAGGGUUUAGAACCUUCCUCAAAGCACUUUUAUAACCAAGGAAUCAAAAGCUCCAGUUAUGUACAUUGAAACUAUACAUUCAGCUUUCAGAGAGCAUUAUUUCUAGCUGGCCAUCCCGGUGUCUGGUCACACCAGGCAGAUACUGUCCCUUUCCAUGCUGUGGUGUUCCGUGGCUGCUCCUGGCAGGUUGAUUGGAUCUAGUGGGAAAAAUCUGUUAGGGUGUCAAAGGGAAAGAUUCCUGUCUGGCUUUUCUACUUUAGACCGAUACUGGGCACUAGGGUAUGAUCUUUGUUUCGGCCCAUGUUCAAAUAAAGCUUUAUUUAGCCAAUUCACACAUUGUUUUUUGUAAACCUGAAAAGAUCAUGGUUAGAGCUUGAGCUUUUCGAUGCUUUCUGCUAGUAGAAGGUUUUGUACUGUCGGUAGUUGUGAGAUGGGUACAGGAUCCUACACUUUACCUCCUUAGCAGAGUCUCAAGAGUCCUGAUCUCUAUGACACUACAACAAAACCAAAUUGUUGUCCCCAAGUAGGCAAAGGUGCAUGUGGAGGGGAAGGAGUUGAAGGGAGAGGCUUGUGAGGGAAGAUCUCGAAGCAUUGGUUUUAUGGAAACAAGGGUGUUGAUGGAGAGGUGCCAUCCUCGUGCCCUGGCCUUUUCCUGUCUUGUCUGAGGUACCCCCUCACCUCACACGGGUAGUUAACAUAGGGUCCUUUUAAAACCAAGCAGUUCCACUGUUUAAAACUUGGAGUGAUCUUUAUUUUUUUUAAGCAAGACAGUCCUCAGAAAGUGCCUUUUUAGAAGAUGGUGCUGUAGAUUUUUAUUUUCCAGUUGUACGUGGCUGAAAAUCUAAGAUAAAUUAUUGAAAAUGCCAAGUGUUUGAUGGUAUCUUUCAGGUACUUUCAAGCAUCAGCUUCUCUGAGUCAGGACCAAGAAUAACCAGGAAGGUGUUUUCCCUUGGAGGGAGAGGCAUUGAGGAGCGAUCACCAAAUUCAGGAUCAGGUUUGAUUUGGUCAAUGCAAUUCACCUCUUCACACUGAGGGGAUUUGGGGAUGGAAAUGUAGAAGCAGCAGCACGGGAGUCUGGGCGAUGUAAUCAGUGCUGAAGGGGAAUCAAUAGCUACUGAAGGAUGUCAUCUCUUCGGCGUAGCGUGCUCCCAAAGAUGUAGACAAACUCAAAGCUGUCUCUGAAGGCUUAGGAGAUGGUCAGUCCUAAGCAAAUUUGUUUGGGUGGUUAAAGGAGUGGUGUGCCAUGUAUCGAUGGGCCUGGGGGUACCAAUACACUGGGUGGGAUGGGCAGUGCUGCCCCACUCAGGGCUUGGGUCCAUGGUGAGUUUGGUGAGCAUUCCUCCGGUCAGGAAAAGUUGUAGACUAGACUAUUAAACACUGCACCUCAGUAACCUUGUAAUGCUGCAUAAAGUAAUAAUAAUAGCAAAGUUCUGCUUUGAUUACACUGUAAUGUGCUUGCACAUGCCUGCAAAAAAUACACAACUUUCGUUUUUGUAACGGUCUUAACAGCAGUUUUCAGACUUCUUUUCAUUUAUGAUGAACCUUGUCCUUUAUUGUGGUGUUCCUGUAUAUUUAUUGGUAAUCUCUGUGCAGCUCAUGGGUCUGUGUGUCUGGUCUGUGUGUUGCUUUUAACACUUACUUUUAGGAGGGAGAAGUUUCUGAAUGUUUGGGGUUUCUUCUCCAAGGUCAGCUUAACUAGUCCUGUUUGAGAGGAGACAAUAAAACACCUUCCUAGACAGAGUGCUUCAGUUGGUACCUUGUUUCUUUAAAGCAGAAAUGAGUUUAGGUUCAUUUUGUUACUGUUCAUACAGUAUUGGGCAUUUCACAUGUGGAAUAUCUUGAUGUCGGUCAGGAUAUUUUUGAAUAUCAGGAGCUUAAGCGCAAAACUCCCGCUGUUAUUGCAAGUGGCAUCUUGGCAGGAAGAAGUUCAUGUCCAGACUCUUUUAGGACUUAGCAGAGCUUUUUGACAUCUCUUAAUUUGAUUGAUGAGAUAUUUGGGGUCACCAUUCCCCAAGCGGGGCAGUGACCCACACCUCGGUGUUGAAAGGGAUGCUCAGCACUCCCGCUGCCCACCGAGGCUACGGAUCAAGUAUUUUUUGCUGUGUAGAUUUCUUCUGAUUCAAGUUAGAGAAAUGAACUGAUGUUUCUUGUAGUUUGUUACCAACCUUCUUGUCUUACUACAGUGCCCAAUGCCACUUGGUAUUUAAGCUUGCAAUGAUGUUAAGUUAUUUUAUCUUCCUGAUCUCUUAAUGUUACUAGGCUAGGAUUUAGAAAGCAUCUUUUCAGUCUAAAGUCUGAGCCAAAACUCUGUCUUCUGUCCCUGUUAGUGAUAGGUGUUUUUAUCUUUUAGACAAAAAGGGCCAAAAAUCUUGCACCAUCAGCUUGUUUGCAGCAAUACUCUCUUCCCUUGCCUAUCAACCAGUUUAUUUUCUAUCUACAUUUCACUAACACCUGAAGCUGUUGAGAUUUAGAAGGAAGUUGCUGCCUCUUCUUUCUACCAACAGAAAUGGACUUUGCAUCUAAUGAUGCUGGUUUCUGUUGGGCACGGAUCUCCUCCUAGAAGUCUUGCUUUGGUCGUGAUGAACUGUAGCACCCCUGGGUUUAAUCACAGUAGAAAUGUUCUGUAUGUUUCUGUUGAAGUCAUUGGAGGGUGCAUGGGGAUUUAAAGUAUCCCAUUUAAAUACAAGCUAAUAAACUGCUGAAGAUGUAGAUACUCUCUUAAAAUACUUCAAAUAUAAAAAGAAAAGCCAAAUGACAAACCAAAAACUCCGCAGUAACCUAAUUCACGUGGAUAGUUUUAACUCAUCCUCCUUCCUGGCAAAGUUUGAGACUGAGGAUUUGCUGUAAUUGAUGCUCCUCACAGUAAAUGGUGCUGGGAUUAAUCCUAAAGCUGAGCUGACUGAGCUGUGUGCUUUGUGAAGUGGUAGUGGUGACUGUGCUGUUAAACCAACAGUAAGAAGCUCUAAAACAUGCAAGGAGGAAACUUGUGUCUGUAUUGAAAAAGCUGGAUAUACUGCAAAAAACUCAUGCUGCUAAAGCCUUGUGAACCUGUCUCUUUGUACCCACAGUUUACCCUGAAAGACCUUACAUGACUACUUCAAAAACUAAGGGGAAAAAUGAGGGAAAAAGCAUUUUCCUGUAUUUGAGUGCCUGUUCACAUCCUACAAGGCCAGUGCUGAGAAGCAGGUGGCAGUGCCUGUAACAGCUGUAUAACUAAAUCAAACUGUGUUUUAUAUCUCAACCUUUUACCUGGUUUGAAGCAGAUGCAGGUUCCAGCAGAUCGGUGCUAUCUGAAACAGCAGAGCUGAGGGGUUUGUGAGCAGUAUCUGACCCCUCCAGACAACACAGAUGCUCUGGUAGGUUUCUGGUUGCAGUUUUCAUGCAGUUCACACUGAAGUGUGCCUGGCUACCAAGAAAAACAGCAGCAGGCAGUUGUGGGGUUAAUUCUGCUGUAGCACUACAGUUGCUCUGCUUUUCCUCAGCUCUUACCUACCUCCCUGUUCCCUUAGGCAGGAUGCUCUCCCUCGCUGCCUGUGUAGAACUAGCCGUGUGGAGGAUGCUGUGGCUAUGUGGAAGGUGAAUCAGCUCUGGAUGUGGGAGAGGUGUGAUAGCGAUGAAAGCAACAGCCUGUAGAAAUAAAGGACUGGGUAGGAGUUGGGUGGAUGUGAGGAUUUUCCCACUUCAGGGAAAUCAAUGGGAACAUCAAACAUGAGCUGAGGUGUCCUGAUCUGUUGGUGUCAGACUUGAGCUCACCAAGAGCGAGCAUGUGCCUUUUUCUGAUCAAGAACAGAACUGGGAAAACUUGGGUUUGCAUUGGUAGGAUGGUUAGUAUGACUCUUGAACUGGUUUUAAAGCUUGAAGUCCUUGGUCAGGAUGGAGUUGGGUUUGUGUUGAAUUACUUAAGCAAAGUGAGCCCUGAAUUAUUUGUGAAUUAGAACUACCCAGAGAGGAGAAGCCUCUAAAAGAAGUGGCUUCUGGAGAGUAUUGUCAUCAAAUAAACGUAAUUCCUGGUAGACUUGCAAUUUGUGUUUCUCUAUCUAAUGAGAAUCAUUAAUUCUGCCUUUAUCUGAAUGCUGCCUGUCCAGUAAUGUCUUCACUCUUUACCAUGCUCCUGCAGCUUUCCAUACACUCCAUUGCUUCUUCCCCCGCAUUCCCCUUUGGUAGUUGUAAGGACAAGAAGAAUGUUGGGCAGGGAAUGUCAGGGAGCAGAGGUCUGAUUAAGUGUGGGAAUGUGGAGGUGAGGAUUCAACAUCAUCCUUCAGGAACCAGUUUUGCCAGCAGCUGAGGGUAGUGGUGUCUGUAGAAAACCGUGUGGUCUCUGGGGUAUGGAAGGGGUUAGCAAAGUGGUACACGGGGAGAAAAGAUCCCCUAUCCUCUGAUACCAAGGUACUAGGAGAGGGAAGGCUCUUACAGACUGUGUGCUGUGCUAAAGUGAGCACCUGUGUCCUUAGAUGCUACUUUGGGCUUAAAGCUGCUAAAAAAGUGGAUUUUUCAGACCAAAAUCAAAGAGCUUUUCAAAUCGGUUGGUUUUGGUGCAGGUUUGUGAUACUGGUGAGUUAUCCGGCCGGGAACUCUGGUCUCAGUGCUGGCUCUGAAAUGGUUUCUCUCCCUGACCUCGGCUAAACCACCCUGCCUCGCUUUUCACCCUAUCUAGAAAACAUUUCUGAUGAUUCACAUGGCCUUAUGAGAGCUAGCUCUUAGUGUUCUGAGGAGGAACCACGAUGUGGAAGCGCUGUCUCCUCUACAGAGCUGAGCACCUUCUUGCAUCUUCAGCAAAUACAGUUCUGUUCAGAGCCCAUCUCUUACGUGAGGAUGUGCUCUACACUUAAUCUCACUGCAGCUCUGCCAAGGAAGGCUGUUGGGUUUGGUCCCAUGGUGUUUUUACCUGUUGCUUUCUUUUAAGGAAAUCCAUUUGUUGCAGAACAGACUGUCAGCGAGCAAUCUCAUUUAAAUGCAAGUUGGGCUUUUUUUUUCCAUUGCUGAGGAUUAUGUAAAUCUUUCAAACACAUUUGGAAGUUGGAAAAUUAAUACCUACUGUAAUACUACCUAGCAACACAGAAAAAUAUAUGUUGAGAUCAGGGCUGUGCAAGCCCAUAAAUCAGUCUACAACCUGUCCAGGUGUGCAAAAAAGAGCUAUUAAAAUAAUAACUCCUAAACUUUCAUAAUGCUUACACUUGGAAAUCUCUUGAAUAGAUUUAAACCCAGUUUCUUUGAUAGAAAAUCCAUGUCUUGCUGGUUAGUGCUCACUCAGACGUAAUAGCAGAGUAAUACCCACUGGGGCAAUGCUGAAUGUGAAGAACCUUUUGAAGUUUGGGAACCUGCUGGUGAGCCAGCAAAGUGGAAACUUGAGUAGUGCUCUUGAAGUGGUGAGGCAGAAAACCUCAGCAAGAGGAGGAUUGCUAGAGAUGAAGUUUGCCUUCUGGCAGUUUGGCAGUGAAGAAUGGCUUCUUUUGGGUACUCGGUUUUGUACAUCGCUUUCCUCCUGUGGUUAUAGGGUUCUUUUAGUUUUCUUUGGACUUUAUUUCUAUCCUUCAGUAAGAUGUUGUCGUUUCUGCAGUUUUCAGUGUUGAAUCUAGCCUUGAGACAACUUAAUGUUGUUUUCCUGUAGAAAAACCUGCUUCUAGAGAGUUGCAUUUGGUGUCUGUUCCGCAGGCAGUUUGGAAAAGCUAACCUCAGCAUGGCAAUAAAGUCAGCAGAACAAGUUUUUGGUCCGAAAUGUUGAUUUUACAGGCUCAUUGCCCAGCUCCUCCUGCCACAACCAGCGACUCCGGCAUAAGCACCUGCGUUUCACAGCUUAGGUGCCGCACUUUGGGCUCACAGGGUACGCAGAUCCUCCUGUUGUAUUCACCUUUCCUUCCCUUGCUGUAAGCAGUUCAGCUUCCCCAGCUCGCCUGUCGGUGGAUUGAGGGUUGUCAUGGGGAAAACUGAGGUUGUCUGGGGAAAAACUGGGCUGUUUGCAUGGCCUGGAGGUGUCUGAUCAUGGAUAAAAGCAUUGUCUAUCAGCAGGUAUUACUUUAAAGCUUUCACAGUAAUUGGUAGCAUUCGGUUGUGAGCCAAUAUGGGUGUGUAAGUAUCUUCAGGAGAAGGUGGCAUAGUGUGUGCCAUAACCAUUGCUAGUGAUGGAGCUGUGUGUGUUUAGGAGACUUCUGGAAGCAAUGUCGUGCAUAUAAAUUUUGCGUAUUGAAUACCAUAUGUUUGAAUUAGAAAUAUUGUGCUGUUUGGGAUUCCUUUUCAGAGUAAAAUUCCAAUAAACCAGUCUGGUGAAUUGA